ACAGCCUUAUCACACACCACAUUAUGAUCAAUAGACACCUGUGAAUAUUUACAUGGAGUACAGUGAAAUCAAGUGAGAGAAUGAAUAAAGAAAACAUGGAUAAAGGUGAAAUGGGAUUGGCUGAACUGCAGGUACAGUCAGAGACAGUGACGGUGCACAGAGAGGUGCUGGCUCCCCCUCCGUACACGCCUUAUGUGGUGGACACAGAGGCGCCGUCGCGGGAGCGCCCAGUGAUCCACCAGACCAUCAUAGUGCAGCAACCCCUCAAGAGUGGCCCCACCAGCUAUGUCUGCCCUGCUUGCCACACCAGAGUCACUACCAGAGUGGAAUACAUGAACACUAGGAAAACCCAUAUGUCAGCUGGAUUCAUCUGUGGAUUGACAUUUUGGUGCAUGCUCUGCUGUUUGGCUGCUAUUCCCUAUGUGGUUCCAUGCUGUAAGCAAAGUGCCCAUUACUGCCCCAAUUGUAAGACUUAUUUGGGAACAAACUGAUCAAAUUCAACAAAUUUUAAGCUAAGACAAAAUUUAAUAUUAAUCAGUGUAAAACAUUGUGUUGUGAUUUGUGCUCAUCAUUGGGAUAGGGACGUCAUGUUAUACAAUACAUUUUCUGUAAAUAAAAUUUAAACAGGCAUCCAA